AUGUUUUCGAUUUUUGAAAUAUUAGCUUUAACGUCACUGUGCGCUAGUGUCGCUCAAAGUGAAUUAUUAGCGCCAUGCCAUCUUAAUGACAUGGUCUGUUUUGAGAAGUCCGUUAAUAAUGCCAUGCCUCAGUUCUUGUCUGAAAACAAAGAUCUUGGAGUCGAAUCAUCUGAUCCCUUGAAACUUGACCUAAUUGAGGGCGACAUGCCCGAUAUUAAAUUUAAGUUUAUUUCCCCAAUCACUACGGGAUUCAAGAAAUGUGUUACCAAGAAUGUGAAAAUAAACUUAGAUGCGCUUACAUUACACACCGAGCUUGACUGUCCGAAUCUAGAAACAACUGGCAAAUACGAAAUCUCUGGACGUCUCAUCACUUUACCAAUUGAGGGAAAUGGAGACUUCAAAAUCUCUUCCGGGACAUACAAAUUCAUCUUCGAUUUUGAUUUGGAGACUGUGGUUGGAGAUGACAACAAAGCAUAUCUCUCCAUGAAAUCUUUCAAACAGAAAAACGAAGCAACAGCUCCAGUUUCUUUUGACUUCAAAAACCUUUUUAAUGGACAAAAGGAUAUGGCGGACAAUGUCCUCACAUAUGCUAACCAGAACUGGAAGCAGGUCUCCGAUCUCCUGCAGAAACCUAUUUGGAACGAAAACAUGAAGAAAAUCAUUUCUAACGGCAACAAAUACUUAAUGACUGAACCCCUUGAUCAAAUGUUCAUAUCACCUUAG